AUGAUGGCACCGAUUUUGGAUGAGAUGAUUUUUUUUGCUAUAUGUAUAGGUUAGGUAAGAUAUUUAGAAUUAUCUGAAUUCCUUCGUUAAAGUCGUGUUCGUUUCGUGCUCGAAAAAGACGUCAAAAGGUAGCGAAACAAAGUCUCCAGGACCUGUGACGGCUGUGAAAAUUACUGCGACGCCGGCAUCGGCUCGUACUUCAGUUGAAACUCCGUACGCAAACCAGCGAAUCUCCAGAAAACAAAAACCUGUUUUACAGAAUCGUUGAGGAAAAAAAGGCGGCAGUUUCAUUCACUUCUACGACGUCUACAGUAUCUUGUACUACCCAACAUGAGGAUGAAGGGAAACUGAAAGAACAGAGAAAAGGACAGAAGAAAGAAUUGAGAGAAAGCAGUUCAGCCACUCCUCCCGGGAAAAAGAAGCAGAGAGUGGAAGAAACACCGAAGAAGCCGAGUGAAAAAGCGGGCAAACCGGAAGUGAAAGAGUCAGCUAAUUUGAAGAGUAAAACGUCGGCGGAGAAGGGGAAGGAUAAGCAAGAGCCAUCUCAAACUGUCGUCGACUGUGAUAGAGAGGUGUCUCCGAAGCCUGAUGAAUUUGUGAGCAAAUUUGACGGGAUUUUAAGACAAUUUGAUAAUUUCAGGAGCACAGACUUCAUUUUACGAAAAAGGAAAUGAAAAAGAGGAAAGACGACUCAACGGACUCAACGCAAAUGUCGUGA